AUGGCACUGACCGCGCGGUCUCCACACGACUACGUUGCAGGCCUUUGGAGGCAAACCUUCGUAGAGGAUAUGAUGUGGCAGAGGAAACUCAGCGUCAGAGCUAUGGAGCGAGUCAACAAUAACGUGCCCUCCUGGUCAUGGGCUCGAGAUGGUAAGCCGAAGUCUUUUGUUACACAGGGAGGCCAAAGCCUGGCCCAGCCAUGCGACCUAGUCGAGGGUGUCUGCGCACCAGAUGCUAUUUCUGGCGAUUCUUUCCUGGGCAUUCAGCUGGGAGGGCAUGCUAUCCUCUCUGGAUACUUGCUACCCGCGCGAGUCACCAGCCUGGGAAUUGCCAUCGACGAGAACCCCAGAAUGCAAUAUAACCCUCGCAAGGACUUCGAAUGGUCUUCGGAGUCCUCGGGCCGCAGACCUGUCGUGGAGGGCGAUCGAGUGUUUGCCCUGCCACUUGUGCUUCGUGACAGCUUGGAAGGGGCAGAAGGAUACUCAGUUGAUGUCCAUGCUCUUGUGGUUCGCUGUUCUCCGGGAGAGCAGACAUAUCAUCGCGUUGGCAUAUUGUGGACGAGUCUCCUGCACCUCGGUCGACAGUACGAUUACAUGAUCGAGGACAAUGACUUCCUGGUGAAUGCGCUGGAACAACACAUCACUUUUGGUGAAAAAGCCCUCGAAAAUGAAAGCUCUAUGGUUGAAUUGGUGGUUCCGAAUACCUCCAAGGACCCCGAUACAAUCACCGUUUCAGAAUACGAAAAUGCAGCAGAAUAUACCCUGCUCUGCAUGUACGGUCGUAAGGGCACCCGACAAAGGGAGAACGUUGAAGGGGUUCACAGUCAAGCGUACCUUGAAAUCCUGAAAGGGCUCCUGAGGACAGAAAAGGACAGAAGGCAGGAUUGGACACGGCGUGCAGCAAUGGGACUUGAGCAAGUGUGUCCAAGGGCUGUCAUCAGACUGGAAUGA